AUGGAGUACGGUCACUACACAUCGCCGUCGUCGGAACGACAUGUCGGCGAUCAAUCACAGCUGCAGUCAGAGGCCAGACGCGAGUUCGAAAAGGAAAUCCUGCUAGGCGACUCUCCAAGCGGCACAUCCAACCGAUUAGGCACGAAGACGCGCGUGCUACGAGCUUCCGAUGUUCUGUUGUCGUUGGCUGGUAGACCUACGCCUGCGAUGGGGGGCUCUCCAGAUUCGAAGGAGUCGUCAGCUGGUGUUGAGAACUUUCAAGAAGCGCUACGUCUGUUCCCUCCGUUCCGAGAUGACGACGGGGCCACCCUGGGCUCAGUGGACGUGCGAUGUCCCGACUGCGACGCGGUCUAUUCUUCCUCGAGCGAACUGAAGCAACAUUAUCUGUCCAAAUAUUGCGCCGGCGCGGCAAUUGCGGUAUAUGUCAUGAUGCGGGACCGGUUGAUCACGAAAGGAUAUCGUAUGGAGAAACGGCUCAUACCGCUUAGCUCCCCGUCGCUACGAUUCUUCUGCAACCACUGCGAGCGCCAUUUUGCCAUUGGAGGGGAUGGUGAGCGAGUGGAAAGACCGCGGGAUGGCCCCUCGUUCGUCGACUGCAAGAACUGUGGUGGAAAAUGCAACAUCUCGUACGAACCGGUGUUGAACGAUCCGCGCGACGACGCCAGUUUUCGAGACACCCAGAAAGAGAUGGCGAGCCCGUGCCACAGUCGAAGCCCCAGCGUCACGCAAAAGGGCGCCCUAGGUUCGAAAUUGCCCACUAUGGGAAACGGACUGGAGCAACCGUCGUUUGUGAAGAAGGCUCGCAAGAUCCGCGAUUCCUGGUCUUUCCGAAAGUUCUCGCAGGGCGAUGAGGACGAGCUGGUCGCGGUUAGUUUCGCUGGCCUCUAUGACUUGGAGAGGGUGCACGCUCCGAAUGGCAUCUAUCAGCCGAUCGACAGCACCGCAGCCGAAACGCAGACCUUGCCGUCAAAUGCGAGCUUCAUAUCGAGUGUCGCCAACGAUUCGUUCAUCUGCGAUGGAAAACGGUCGCCCUUUGAGUUCUGCGAGGAUGAACAGCACAGAGGAGAGAUGAUGGAUUUGGACGGUGAUUCAGAUGAGAGUGGAAACGCCCGAGGGAGGACCACACCAUCGCGCAGACAAUCCUUCUUGCAGAAGAUAUUCGGCCGCAAGACAAAGGGGGUAUCGCGCUCACGGUCUGCGUCUAACCGGGGCAAGAAGCUCAUCAAACGAGCCAACACCAUACGAUUUUCCUUGGUUGGCAAGUAUACCAGGAGCGAAAGCAGGGCGGCUGCGCUUGACAGUGUCAGAACUUCGAUUGACGAGACGCCGCAACCGGUCGAGCCACGGAGAGAAGCAAGUGCGAGCCCGACUGGGGUGAACGAUGCCGAGUAUGUUGCCCUCCUACGCAGCAGUCAAAACAUAUUCGUGCACAUGCAAUAUCUCUCCGGGGGUGUAGUGGUACACGAUGCGUCUGGGCGCCAACGCAUCCUCAGCCUUGACGAGGUGGCCCAGCUCUUUCUCCAGCUGAAGGAGGAAGCGCUCGCAGCUACUAUCUGGUCACGCACGGUCAAUACGCGACUGCGGGCAGAGUCGGCAUUGAAACACGGUAACUGUAGGGCAGCGGUUGUCGAGUAUCAUGAUGCUCUGAGGAUCCUGGACAGCAACCCAGCUCUCGAUCUUGAUAGGCUCUCUCGAGCUGCUAUGCUCCAUUCGCUGGGUCAAGCAUACCGUAACCUCGACAUGCCAGCCGAGUCCGAGGCGUGCUAUCUCGAGGCUCUAGGACUUUACAAACGCACGCUCGGUCGAGACAGCCCCAAGAACUACGCGGUCCUCCACGAUCUCGGUGCUCUUUGUGAGAAGGACGGCUACGCCACCGAAGCAGCCGCGCUGUACGAACGCUCAUUCGCAGGACGACUGAAGACGCUAGGUCACAACGCGCCCGAGACUCUCAGCAGCAUGCAGGAUCUUGCUUCUUUGAAAGUCCUGCUCGGUGAUCUGGAGUCCGCACUUCUGCUACUGGAGAAGGCCGUCCCAGCACUUGACACCGUCUUCGGAAUGCAAAAUGCAACCACGCUCAACGCGAUGAACCAGCUUUCUCUUUUGUACCAGAAGCUCGGGCUCGAGAAGGAGUCCCGCACCAUCUGCGCACGCACGAUCCCCCAGUGCCGUACUUUCUUCGGUAUCACCAGCCCGGUCACUCGAGAUGCCGUCGUCCGUUAUCUGCAGAGUUCCGAUAACUUCGACUUUCCUCCCGAGAUCCAGGACAUCCUCGAUCAGUAUCAGCGGGCCCGCGACCCAGAUGGCCUCCGUGUGAUCCACAGGUUGGGCCGGUCUUACAUGGACGCCGGACUGAACCGCGAUGCCGCUGAGCUCUUCGAGGCUCUUGUUGAGGACUUCCUGGCUGUCAAGGGACCGGAAGCCCCGGAGACGUUCGACGCACUGAGCGCACUUUGUGUAUCACGCGAGCAUCUCGACUCCGUCGACAAGGCCAUUCUUGCCUACAAGCAGCUCGUCAACAUGGCCCACCGCACGCCAGAAGAUCACCAUUCGCGCAAACGAAUCGGCUAUGCCGAGAAACGCAUUACCGAACUCAACCGGCGCCGCGAUAUCCUCGCCGCAGAGCGCAAAGAAUGGGGUCUGAGUGCUCCUGGUCCCUGCGAGAACUGUGACCAGGCCACGACCGUCCUCUGCAAUACCUGCAAGAUUUUCCGCUUCUGCAGCGAUCUUUGCCACAAAACCAACCUCACAACACACUUCCCCUCUUGCAUUCCUUCCGUGUCCCUGCGCGAGUCCAAGUCGCUGGCCGUCAAGCCAAAAUGUCCCGCGUCGGCGCGCGAACAGGCCGUCUCCAAGAUCCGGCGGUUCAACAGCUCGCGUGGCGUGCAGGUCACCGCCAGCUACACGUUCUACCUGGACCCGCGGAACUUCACGACCUUCCGCAUGAAGCUGAACUCCGAAGCCAACACCAUCAUUCUCUUCUCGCUCGACUCGGACAUCCAGUAUGCCACGGUUGACAAUCCGCCACUGGAGUUCAAGGCGCCGUGCUCGUCAAACCUGACGACAAGUAAUGCUCCCACAUCACCGAGUGGAAGCGGGAGUCGGUCUUCGCCUUCGUCGAUGGCGUAUCCUCAUGGCGCUGGCGUGCAGUGGCUGUCACCCGAGAGACAGGAGGCAGUCUGCUAUGUGCCAGGUGAGGUCGCGCAGCCGCACGCGCGGUAUGUGCUUGUCACGCCGGGCAAAGAGAUGCUGAAGGCGGUUAUCGACAAGCGGGUUGCUGUGCGUGGGGGUAACGGAGAGCAGGAGCGGUUCCGGUCGUUGGAUUUACCUGAUAAUGAACUUAUGGAGUAUGCGCAGGGGCUGCUGCUUACGGGGUAUCUUGGGGAGGCGUUUAUGUAUGUUAUUGAAUGGGUGUGGAAAUAG